CAGGUGUUGCUCUGGGGAAGAGCUGCUGGUGUCGGUGCAGUUAGAGUUGCGCGAAGGGAAACAAACACCAAAGGCAGUUCCCACCCAAGGAGGCGAGUGGGCUGCCGGGCGCGCUUUGUUUGCGGUCAUUCUGCGCUUCCUCCUUCCUUGUCUGCUGCCGCCUGGGAGCUCGGGCCCUUUCCCUUCUCUUCCCCACGGUUCGGGGUGACCCGGAGGGUCGCAUGAGAAAACGUAUCCGACUCGUGGUAGAUGCAGUAACUAUUAGCUCUCUAGGUCAGAGUAAGUAGUCACUUCGGUGUCUGCAAGGGAGGAGGAACCGGAAAGGCUAGCCCACCGGCUGGAACAAACCGCCCCUGAACAGACAGGCUUGAGAAGGAGAGAGCCACUGACCUCCCCGGGGUGCCCUGGUACCAAGUGGCCUCCCCUCCGUUACGUGGGAGUGGGAACAGAACGACACUGGCCGUCCAGCCGCCUUGGGACAGCAGCCGCUUGGGUGUCGGGGUGGUCGCUCUUUUCCACCUUUCGCUUCUGCACAAGCCUUUGCUAACCCUGGCCGCUUUCACUCAAUAAACUGCCGCUGUAGCUCGGGUGUGUGCGCGUCCUGAAAUUCCUUUCUGCGACUUUAGCAAGAGCCUUUACGCCGGUGACAUCUUCAUGGCGAGCCAGGCCGGAGACUGUUCCAUCCCGAGUGAUUUCUGAUCACAGGCAUUUUCCUAUGUCCUUGCAAAGCAACCGGGUCUUAAACUUUGUGCUUAUGGUGCCAGUGGAUAUCCUGACAUCACCUGUUGUGGGCUAACUCGUGCCCCCCAAAAAGGAUACGUUGAGAUCCUAACCCCUAGGGCCUGUGAAUAUGACCUUAUUUGGAACCCCUGGGGCUGAGAGGUGGGAGCAGUCAAUAGAGUCACCACUUCGAAAAAGAAAGCUAGUCACACUUCUCUGUGUGCACAAGGCUGGUUGGAGGUUUUACACCCAAAGAGGAAGUGAGUGCUGUUGAGCCUUUAACAGAUUUCCGAGAGGAUCAAUUUCAUAUCGUCCCCUCACAGUAUGGAGGGAAGAGACCAAGCUGGAAGAACCAGGAAUGAAAAAGUGCUCAACUGCUUAUACGAAAAUCCUGAUGCCAUUUUUAAGCUCAUUUGCUUUCCCUGGGCAGGAGGUGGCUCUAUGUAUUUUGCCAAAUGGGGCCAACAGAUUCAUGAGUCACUGGAAGUGCACUCCGUAAGGCUUGCUGGAAGAGAAAGUCGACUGGAAGAGCCUUUUGCCAAAGACAUCUACCAGAUCGUUGAUGAAGUUCUUUGUGCGGUGCUGCCGGUCAUCCAUGAUAAACCGUUUGCAUUUUUUGGCCACAGUAUGGGGUGCUAUAUUGCUCUUUUGACUGCACUAAAACUAAAAGAGAAAUACAAGCUAGAACCAGUACAUUUCUUUGUGUCGAGUGCCACGCCUCCCUAUUCCAAGGCCAGGGUUUACAUACCCGAAGAUAAGGGAUUGUCUGAAGAACAACUUUACCAUGUCCUUAAUGACUUUGGAGGCACCCCCCAGCAUCUUGUGGAAGACAAGGAACUUUUCCAACAAUAUAUCCCCAUUCUGAUGUCAGACAUGCAUGUCAUGAGUACUUACACCUGUGACACACCAUCUAAGGCUGUUCUUUCUUGCGACUUAACAUGCUUUGUUGGAACCAAAGACAUAGCAAAGGAUAUGGAAGCCUGGAAAGGUAUAACCAAUGGAAGUACCAACCUUCAUGUCCUUCCAGGAGAUCAUUUUUACCUUAAGGAACCUGGUAAUGAGAAAUUCCUCAAAGACUACAUAGCCAAGUGUCUAGAAAUAUCAUCACUUGCCAAUUUUUAGAUAAUUUCCCUUUCGGUCUUAAAAUAGUCAAAGCGAUACGAUAUUCUUCGCAGCUAUUCAGACAUAACACAUUAGUUUUAUUUAGAGAUUGGAAACGAUACAUUUUCCAUUGGCAUGGUGAUUUGUUAUAUAUAAAUUUAUUUCUCUGAGGAGGAUUUAUGUAUCUGAAAGGCACAUGGGUAAAGAACACUCCUGACAAGAGUCUUUUAUCUUUGUAUUAAAAUCUUAUGUGAUUCUCAUCAGUCGGAUGUUUGUGAAUAAAAUUCAUGCUUGGUAAAUUAUCCAUUCUUCUUUU